GUAGAACCUGUGGUGCUUGUUAAACCAUGGACCAUUUGUGCUUUCAUAUUGUCCGUCAAAGACUGCUUGUUUGAGACCAAUCCAGAUGUUCAGAAGCUGUUUCCCAAGUUUGCUGCCCUUUCCAAAGAGCAACUGCAGAACAAUCCUGACCUCCAGACCCAUGGGGGAAUUGUUGUCAGCAAGCUGACAGAAUUUCUGAAAAAGAAACGGGAACACAAGGAACUUGUGAGUGAUCUGGCAAAAAGUCAUGCCCAGCAGCACAAGAUCCCUCGGGUCAACUUUCUGAUCAUCAGUGAAGUCAUUGUCAUAAUGGCAGCAGAGAAGAUUGAUGGCUUUGGUCCUGAUGCUCAAACAGCAAUGAAGAAUGUGCUGAAGGAGUUUCAAACUGACAUGGGUGCUUGCUAUGAUGAGCUAGGUUUUGGUCAAUGA